AUGAUACAGACGCUUCGUGCGGCUGCCGCCCAUGCGAAACCGCGCUUAUCGAAUUCGCUCCAGCUCAAUCUCCCUGCCCGUGUGCCUUCAUCGAAUGUGCGUCCGAGCGAUGUUUUUUCGAUGAUGCAUGUCGCAUACUUUGCUUCAGUGUACAAUAAAUCGCCUCACCCCUUACAUGUUAUGUAUUCUCUCGCUCAGACGUACAUAUACACGAACCAGAUGAAACCUGUUUUUUUCUUGCUACGGCAAAUGACCUUGGCGCCAUCUGUGGGCGUAUGCGAGCCUUCGUCCCCCCAGCUGUGUGACGCGUUGGGCUCCCUUAUUCUUUUACUGCACAAACGUGUGGCGUAUUCGGAGGACCGUGGCCUCGGCAAGAGAAAAAAGGGCUCUCUUCCGUACAAACUGGCAAAUUUGUACGAUGCAUGUACAGCUGCUCAGAUUCCAUUGCCCUGCCCUGCGCUCAGCGCUCUCAUAGCAAGACUCUCGAAGCAUUUGCAUGGGACUGCCCUUCUCAGGUUUAUUCGCAUUGUAAUCUCCGACUUCAUGAAGCGCCCGCCAACGGAAUAUACCAGCAGUGUCAUUGCAAGUAUCGUUAUUGCAUAUGGUCGAGCAUCUGAGCCGCACAAAGGCGAUCGUUUUCUUCGUGACUACGCCUUACGGCAUGGCGGCAUGUAUCGUAUGCGCAUGUUGGCUUCGCAGUUUCGACGAAGUCAUCUUUCAUGGUUGCGCCGCCUUACGAAUCCAUCGCAUAUACCCCUCGAUGUCCCUUUGCACAAUGCUUGGAGCAGUCAUACCGUCGUUUGGAGUGCCAUCAUCCGUGCAUAUGCCCUUAAUGGUGAUUUAGUUAGGUCUCGCAUCUGGCUUGAAUGGUUUCGCGUCAUGCAAAAACUUGCUCCGAAGCUCAAGUCCAUGGAUUUGACACCGCCUCAAAACACGGCGUCGCCGUACCAUACCUUUGUCCAUGGCGUCUCCAGCUUCGAGGGUAUUCGUGCGUAUUCAGCCAACAUAUCGCGUUCUGAGAAGUUGCGGCAUGAGAUACAAGCAGAGCGGCUCAAAGUCUCGUUUAAAGCCGCUGUCGUGUACGAUGUGAUCGACGCUAUGCGCGGAGAUGGCGUCGUAAUGGGUGUAUCGCUCCUCAACUUUCUCACCAGUUUUGAGGCAGGAUUUGCUCAUCUUCAGCGCAGCAAAUCGCUGGCCCUGGAAUCACUAUCGAUGGAGCGCGGUCCUGGUUCAGUUGCACAACGCGUCCAGAGGCCAAUGACUGGACGUAAAUCUGUGCGAGGAAAGCGCAUGCAUGUGGCGACCGUAACUUCAGUAUGUAACUUGUAUGCCACUGAUGCUUCUCAUCACAUGUCGCCUACAUCGCUGAUGCCGUUGGAUCGCAAGCUAUUUCAAACUGUUCAAGGUGUGGACAUCGUCACGGUCCGAGGAGUCUUGUCACACUGCGUCGAGCUUGCGACCAAGUCUUCGUCGCAGCAAUACAUUGCAACGAAAGGACAGUCCCUAUUGAAUGCUAUGUUACGUGCGAUGCUGUGGACCAACGAUUUCCCUGGUGCGUGGUAUACGGUGCAGCUCUUUGCAAAAUGGCGCGUAGAGCCCAACGCCUUUACAUACCUGGUUCUGUGGCAGCGCUUUUCACCCAUCAUUUCGGGGCUAUCCAUACCCCAUUCUAUGAAGGUUGUACAGGAGCUACUUUUGCACAUGCUGGACGAGCAAGUCAAAGCACUUGGAACUGUCGCACUGGAUGAACCAGCUUGGGCCGCUGAGCUCUGUCAAAAUCCAAAUGUAGACAGCGCUCUAUCACGUAUUGAGCGCGAUGCACACGCACGCUUGUAG